CGCUAGUCGCAGCUCGGAGUCCACUAGGACAGCAUGGCCGCACGCCGCGCCGCUGCAACAGCAGCUGGUGCGUAAAACCGGCGCCACGCUCCGCCCCUUUGGAGUACAGCAGCCGUCAAGGUGGACGAUGUCUGCCGCCGGCGUUGUGCGCGUCGUGUAGUCGCGACCCUUUUGACGUCGUCCGGAGGUGUCACAUCGAUCUCGGACGGUCAUCUCUCCCGUCGUCCCGUCUCGGACGUCCGUCAAUGAUCUCCCUCUCCAUUUUCUCGCGGACACCCAGAAAGCACCGCGCCACUUGUCACUCACCGGAGUAGUAAAGAAAGACAGACUGUAGCGACGGGAUCAUCGCUCUCGUUGCAUUUGUUGCUGUUGCUGCUGCUGCUGCCGCUGCAAACGUCAUACUGGCUCCUUUCCUUGUUUCGAGUGGUGGUGUGCAGUCGUUCUGCGCUUGGGACGUCAGUGUGAUGUGAUUGCCUGUGCUGCAACUGGUCGCGCCCAGGCACGAUCGAGUUACUGCGCGCCCUUCCUGUACGUGACACUGACAGGAGCCUCGCGUCCUUCUCGUGCGGCGACGCUUCGACAGAAACAGCGCGUGAUCGUUGCUUCCGUGCAUUGGAUUUACCGCUGUGAUUGUUUCUUUGUGUUGUGACCGACCUUUCAAGCGGUGCCCGUAUCUCACGCUAUACCGAGCGCGCGCCCGUUUACAAACGUGCCUGCCCUUGGCGCCGUCAGGUGGCCGUGCACUUGACUUGCGUUGGAUUGAGUUACCGUGCGCUUUUCGAGCUGCCUGCUCUCCCGUGGACUACUCUUGAGCUUAGGACACGGCACGAGUCCUACGUUCUGGUCGUCGUGGUCGUCAAUCGCGGCAUAGCCAUCAAUGAUCCCAUACCUCUGAAGCAUACGACGCACAGCAGUCAAGAACGUGACAUGGGACACUGAAUGGACGGUCGUCAGUUUGGCCAGCUCCUGCGUUUCUGCCCUGGCUGACAAACCGAAGACUCAUCCCUGGCGCCUACAUUUAUCCAAGAGCCCAUCACGGCUAUCUGCAUAAGUUCAUCCAGACAUCUAUACAAUUAUCCAUCCAAGGCGGCCUCGUCCGUACCGGGUGAAGAGCGCCGGUGGGAGGCUGAGCGGAGGACGCCGCAUGCCUCGCCAGGCGGGCAGCGGCUACGACUGGAUGACACACGAGCCGGAGACGGUGCGCACAGUUCCUACUCGCGGAGGUCACCCGAGCGAUGCGCGGCGGUUAUGACGACGACCGCCGGAGGAGCGGCGGCCCGCUGACCGCCGGCGCGUGUCCAUGAAGCGCCGUGCGGCGCACGGCCGCGCCGCGGCCGCUAUGCCUUCAGGGUGGCAGCUGCUAUGGCUCGUCGUGGCUCUGUGCCAGCUGCCGCCGCGCGCCCAAUGCUUCACGUGCAGCGACCGCUGCAACUGCAUCUGGCGCAACGGCAAGACGUACGGCGAGUGUGCGCGCCAGGGGCUCUCCGCGCUCCCCUCGGGCAUGGAUGAAAGCCUGCAAGUGCUCAACCUGACCCACAACCUGAUCCAGGCGCUGCCCAAGCGCGCGUUUUUCUCCGCGGGACUCGUCAACGUCCAGAAGCUAUACCUGUCCCGCUGCGAGCUGAGCCACAUCGACGACUCGGCGCUAUUCAAAGUGACCAACCUCAUUGAGCUCGACUUGUCGGACAACAAGCUGACCACCGUGCCGACUGCUGCUCUCAGCAGCACGCGCAACCUGAGGAGCCUCUACAUUAACCGCAAUCCUAUCACAGUUCUUGCGGACAUGGCUUUUGCGGAACUGACCGAGCUGGCCCACUUGGAGCUGACCGAGUGCCGUUUGGAGUCCAUUGCUGUUCGCGCGUUCGAAGGACUAUCCAAGCUAAAAGUGCUCAAGCUGGACCACAACCUCCUCGAAACGCUGCCGGGCCGAGCCAUGGCGCCGUUCCCGUCUUUACAUGAGAUCGCUCUAGACGGCAACCAGUGGCGCUGCGACUGCGAGCUCCGGGCGUUCCGCAUGUGGCUGGAGAGGAACAAUAUCUCCCUCUACUCGCCCACGUGCCACAAGCCACUUCGGUUGAGCGGCAGGCCGUGGAAGACCCUGUCGAGCGAGGACAUGGCCUGUCCGCCGGCAUUCCUCAACACGAGUACGAGCACGAUGGGCGCGAUCGUGGUGCAAGAAAACAACAACGUGACGCUCGAGUGCCGCGUGCGCGCUGACCCUGCGGCCCAAAUCUCCUGGCUGUGGAAGGACAAGCCGCUGACCAACCAGAGCGAGCCGGGCCAGGCGUUCGUUCUCACCCAGGACGCCGGCGACCGCGAGCGUCUCUCCUGGCUCACGCUCAGCUUCGUGCAGGAGCCGUUGGCGGGGCCGUACGCGUGCGCCGCGCAGAACGCGGCCGGCCGCGUCGUACGAAAUUUCACGCUGGCGGUGAACCGACGCCCGACCGAAGUUCGUGCGUCCGCCGGGGGCUCGACGGCCGAGGUGGAGAUGACGGAGCAGGCGCGCGAGUCGACCGAGCUACAGCAGCGCUCGUACACCGAGAACCCCGUGCUGGGCAUGGUCAUCGGCAUUUUGGUCGGCGCCCUCGCCGUGCUACUCGUGUUCGGUCUUACGUUGUGGCUGUGCCGGCGCCGAGGCCGCCGCCGAGGAGCGCCAACGGGCUCGCGCAAGUCCAAACGCACGGAGGCCAACAGCAAUCACAAGGCGCUGCACAACGACAAGCAGCAGCAGCAGUCACAGCCAGGGGCUGGCGACGCGGCUGACGUGAAGCUGCUGGUGAACCCGAUCCAGAAGCCGCCGCGCCUGCUUAUGACCAACAGCUACCAGGGUCUGCCGUCGGAGCUGGAGCCUCUGGACCCGGGCCUCUGCGUUGAGUCUUCUUCGGGCGUCUGGGUGGUCAAAGAGCACGACUACUCGACGGACGAGUCGGUUCUCUCGUCCAUUCCUUCUCGCGCGGGCACCAUUGACCGUCGCUCACUGGCCCGCAGCCCGAUCCCGGUGCCCAUGCCCGUCGUGCCGCCGCCCACGGACGACCUGCACGCGCGCUUGCACGGUGAGCUGACGGACACGCUGCGGCGCACCAAGGGCGACCGGAGGCCCCUGGUCGAGCGACCCGAUGCCCAGAGUCCGCUCGAGCCGUACGCGGGCCUCGAGACGCUGCGUGUGCGAGACCUGGAGCCCCGCGGGCCCGACCUCAUCGACCAGAUCGGCGGCGCCGCCCAGCCCCCGCCGUCACCGCGAUGGACGCCGUACGAGCACCCGUCGGCAUACUACCGCGCCGCGGCUGGCACGCCCCAGAGCUGCUACCCGCCCAGCAUACCCGAGGCGCCGGCGGACGGCACCGAGGUCUAGUCAGAGCGCCCCAACGCUUUUCACGGACAGGACGAUGCACGCUAAACAAACACUCCGGGGGUCACGGAAAGGCGCGUUGCUGACUCGCGGCUAACACCCUUUCACUAUCGUCUCUGCGCUGUUUCUAAACACUGCAGCAAAGAUGUUUACUCGCACACAUUGCUGCACCUUCAAACAAUUGUGUGUUAACCAAAGUGGGGAAGUGCAUUUGAACAUGACGUGAAUGGUUCAUGGAACAUCCCAUGCUUCUUAGAUUGAACUACAGCUUAGGUAUUCCAACUUCCUUGUCAAAGCAAGUCCUCUGUUCAACGUCCCACCUCAUUAACUGCACUUUCCCAGAGCAAGCACACGAAGCUGUUAUGCUAUAUGAUUAGAUAUUACAUUGAGAACAAUGCAACCAACAACAACAAAAAGCACAACUGAUUUAUUGGCUCUUUCGAGGGCUAAAACCAUAUUAAAUCCAGGAAUUUUGUAUUCGAAGGGCCUGCAGGACUCGCAGCAGCAAUGGAACAGAAAUGUGAUUGCAACAACAUUAUCUUGUCACCUCUCAAAGCGCCGACAACAGGUAUUCUUGUCUUGUCAUAACUGACGGACAGCACCAGUAGGAUUUGCCUUCGAUUUAUGCAGUCCCUGCAAUGAGCCCCGGUGAUUGUUUUUCGUUAAAGGUGUUAGCCACGAGACACUCAUGCACCUUUUCACAUGUCCAAACUUCUCUGCGUGAACUCAUAGAAGGUGAUUUGAUGCGGCGUUCGACACUUAACUUUUUGCGGCCGAGGGUGGGAAAUGAACUUUCUCCCUCUACAUUUGUUCCUUGAUUGUAGUCGGCAUUCGUUCGUGCAUGUUUCGUUUUGGACGUAACUCCCUAAAGUGAAGCUGUGUCGUUUCUGUUCCCAACACCACACAACCCGUCACAUACUGCACAUAGUAUUGCAUUGUGUUUGCACGGAGCUGAUGCCGCCACCAAGGAUGUGGGUACAUCGUCAGUUGCGACCGUCCCUCACACCGCUGUUCUCAUUUUACACAUAUGCUGAUCGUGCCAUGUGGGGUGGGUCACUAGAUUAGCCUCAUUUACCUUUGCAGUGGUUGACUAGUUGCAGAGUUUAAAAGCGCCGUGGCAGUUCAAUCAAGACGAAUGGUGACUCGUCUUCAUGAGAAGCUGAAGAAGCAGAUUUUGUUCAUUUUUGUACAGCGACAGGAUGUUGCACUCACUUCUCAUAGGGCGCGUGUGUUUCACACCUGCAAGUGAGAAAUAUGUUUCGCAUCGACGUGAGAUUUUGGCAUGGUUGAACAGUGCUUCACUCACCUGCUUCGCAAGGAAAAUGAACACUUUAUCAUAUGGGACCACACAUUUUUACGUCCCCACUUCAGGAGUUCCGCUGUCGCUGCACCCCAUGAUGGGACUUCAGGCUCGAUCUAGCCACCUUCGGUGCUUUAAAAUGCUCUGAAAUUUCAGUAGACAAGCAUUUUGCAUUCCCCUCUCAUUGAAAUAUGCCUGCUACUGCAGGGAACCAAGCCCAUAGCCUCAUACUCUACAGCAGACCCACCAUAGCUAUUGAGCCAGCACUGCGGGUAGAAUUGCACAAUUUCCGCUAUUUAAAAAAUGCAAUGAAUUUGGAUGGCCAAGUCAGUUGUUUAUUUAAUUCAUUCUGGCUGUAAAACGGCCUUUUCUUUAAUUUGCUUUUACUUUAGAUUACAUAAUACAUUACAUACACAACAAGCCACAGCUUCUGAAUCAUAGGGCUAAUUAAAUUCAAAGCUACAAUUUCAAAAAUUAUGUUAAAAGAAAUUCUGGGGUUUUACAUGCCAAAAUCAUGAUCUGAUAUAAGUUAUAAGUGAAGCCCACUGCAAUUGCUGCAUGAUUAAUGAGAACAGUUUCAGAUGCUUCCUUUGUCUAAAGCACUUACUCAUUCAUGCUUGAAAGGAUGCCAAGUCCACAGCUGCCGCGUUUCGAUGGGGGCGAAAUGCGAAAACACCUGUGCACUUAGAUUUAGGUGCACGUUAAAGAACCCCUGGUGGUCGAAAUUUCCAGAGUCCUCCACUACGGCAUAUGCGUCUCAUAAUCAUAAAGUGGUUUUGGCACGUAAAACCCCAUAAUUUAAUUUUUUUUAGGAUGCCAAGUGUAACAUCACCAUUGUCUGCAAGCACAUGCUGCAGCAAAAGACAGCAGGUUUGUGAAACCUUGCAGAAUCACAACCAAAUUUCCAGCAAAGCUGUUUGUUUAGAGCAGCUGCAAUAAGAAUAAUAGUUUCUGUAAUUAACGCGACAGAGAGAUGGAAGGAUUUUUCUGACAUUUCUGACUAGACGAAGGCUUACCACGGAUAUCCGUCAUUGAGGAAAGAAGGCAGGUACCAUCAACGAAUGUCAUACCUAAUGAAGCUCACCAUCAGAUGUACUUUCUUUGUAAUAUUCAAGCACAAAGUGCCAUUAAUUUAAACAGUACCAUAACAUACUUCUGUUUACCACGUAAUACUUGGCACAUCUUAACUUGGUUAAUGGUGUAUCUAGUCAAUUUCGCAUUAAGGCAGUAUUCCAGCUCAUUCUAUGCUUUGCACUCAACCUUGCUUUGUUCAAUUAUAACUACCUUGUCAACCACCUUUACAUCUACAAAGCACAUGUGGAAGUGAAGCAAAGGCUACAUAUUAUGAUAAAAGUGCAGCAUCUGGACCACUUACCUCUCCAAGCUGUUAAAUGCAAAGCUUGAUUUAACAGUGCCAAAUGAAGUUAGUCGGAGAGAACAGUGUGCACUUGCCUGCCUCACAAAAAGAUAGAACAUAUGUCUAGUAGCACGAAUCCUAUUGCUAAUUGUUUCUGAAUGUGCCAAAUUUAAAAUAUAGAAAGGGCAUUCUUGAAGUAGGGUAAUGUGUUCAGAAGCUUCAAGUAUCACAUAUCUAUUUCAGCAAAAGCAGGAUGCCAAUGCCUGGAAUUUGGUACAUUAUUUUUAAGCAUUAUGUCGCCAUGUUCAAAGCAGCAUUUUAAUUUUACACCUUUUACUAUCGACAGGCACCAAACUUGUAAAAAAAAAUACAAAAAUAUAUGCGCACAAGAAAUAAAUUGUGACAUCACCUGUAUCUCCCUCCUGUGGCAAGGUGCCAUAUAAGCCAGAGAGUACUUGGUUUGAGCAAAUUCAUUCCUGAAAGUUCCUUAAGCAGACGGGAUCAGCAGCAGCAGGACCACAGAAAAUGUCAAUGAUCUAACGUGUUGCUUGUCGAUAUCUGCCGUUGUGUGUUGCUUUGUCUAAAGGUGAGCAGUGUAGGCCACAAAAGGUGUGUGCUCAAGCAUAAUUAAAAAAAAAAAGUGCUAUUACUUUACUCCCCCACAUUGUACUAGAGUUUGCACAAGUUUUCACAAAUUUUAAUGCUUCUUGGUUUGUAGGCAUGUAAAUUUGAUUCUUCUGCAGAAUCGUAAAUCUGAUGCAUGUCAUCAUUUGUAACUUCAGUAGCACACACCUCUUGCCGGCAAAGCUUUGUCCAUCAAAUUUUACCGCUGUAUCCCCUGGGAAGCACACACACAACUCCAUGCAAGAACAUUAACGAGCCAAUUAUUUGCAGAUAUUAGUUUAACAUUCUGGGACAUUUAAGUGAAGAAGAUUCUCACUUCCAAAUCAUUAGGUAUGUUGAAGCACAUUGUCCAACCAUGUCAUGAGCCCAUGUACACAGCGAAAUGAGCUGAAUUCUGAUUGUUACACACUGCUGUUUAUUAUACCAGUGACACCACCUGUAUACUAUAGUUCCCUACUCCAAAGGAUCUGUGCAUCUAUACAGCUGACUGCUGCAAACUGGACAGGCCGAGUUACACCUGGGAUGACUGACUUGUCUGCAAUGGUCGUUUCCAAGCACGCAAAGUCUCUCCCCACAAGCAGGAAGCCAGUGCAAUGAGGUUUUGCUGUUGUGCAGUGCACAGUGCUCUUUUGUGACCCCACAAGUGAAAACAGUUCUCCAUCGUUCUUUUCCUGCAAGACAACAAGAUGUGCCUUACAAGUGUGAAGUUUUUGCAGGCAGAGAUGAGGGACACUUGACACAUGGAGUGCUGCUGCUGCCGGACAGUCACAUGUGAGGGACCCUUCUGAAUAGGCACUGCAAGCUCAACCGAUGUGUAUAAAUAUGUGAACCAUGUCAUUACGUGUGUGCGCAUGUGUGUGUAAAUAAUCUGCAUUGAACAGUGGACUGAAAUAAAGAAAGGCAGUGUUCCAGGA